CAAAAAUAGCCCCAAAUGAAAUUUAACAAAACAAGAAAAAUCCCUAAUCUUUUAAUUCUACCAGUUGGCUUCUCUGAAACUCACUCAAAAUAGCCUCAAUCGUUUUUCUCUCACGCUCACCAGCUCACCCGCUCGAUCUAUUCUCUCUCACACUCAGCCCUCUCGAUUCAUUCUCUCACUCAGCCUCUGCAAGAACUCAGAUCUCGUCUCUCUCCAUAACGUCGAGCUGCUCUCUUUCACUCUCAGCCUCGGCAAGAACCAGGCGACCCCCCCGCCGACGCAAGAACCAGGCCACCCUGGGGUAAACUAGGCAGACCUCCAAUUGUUUAUGAGGUGGAGGACAAUGUUUGGAAUUUCAGCUAUACCCUCUAUUCUACUGGCAGUUGGAAUGUGUUUCUCUCCAGAAAGUCCUCGAUGGCUUUUUCAGCAAGGGAAGAUUCCUCAAGCUGAAAAAGCUAUCAAAACAUUAAAUGGAAAGGAGAGAGUUGCUGAGGUUAUCCGAGAUUUAUCAACUGGAAGCCAAGGCUCGAUGGAACCUGACGCAGGCUGGUUUGAUCUGUUUAGUACCCGCUAUUGGAAAGUUGUUAGCGUUGGUGCAGCACUUUUCUUGUUUCAACAGUUGGCUGGGAUCAAUGCUAUUGUAUACUAUUCAACUUCUGUAUUCCGUAGUGCGGGGAUUGCCUCUGAUGUUGCAGCAAGUGCUCUUGUUGGAGCCGCAAAUGUCUUUGGCACAGCUGUUGCAUCAUCCUUGAUGGAUAGACAAGGAAGAAAGAGUCUUCUAAUCACAAGCUUUGGUGGAAUGAUACUCUAUGUCUUGUCGUUUUCACUUGGUACUGGUCCUGUGCCUGCUCUUCUUCUACCAGAGAUACUUGCUUCAAGAAUCAGAGCAAAAGCAGUUUCUUUGUCAUUAGGAAUGCAUUGGAGAAUGCUUUCCUUAGCUGUACUAUAUUCAAGUACUCUUAAGGAGUACCUAGAGGGUGAUGAUGAGCAAGCUGAUGUUGAUUCCAUCGAUGAGCAAACUGAUGGUGGUUCCAUGGAUGUUGACCACGAGGAAGAGGAUAAUAAUAAAGAGAACGCAGAAGAUAAAAAGAAAACACAUAAGCGGACACGAGGCAUAGUGCGAUUGACGAAGAUCAUAGCAGAUAAAAUUAAAGGAAUCAAACGCCAUUUGAGGUUCAAUAGCAGGGGGCAAUCAAUCGGGACCCCAAACAGAGAGCUUCAAUGUUAUUUAGGAAUGCAAGCCAAAAGUAUGGUGCCAAUUAACAUUGACAAUUGGCGCGAAGUUCCUAAAUCUAUAUUGGACAGCUUAUGGAAGGAUGUCAAUCUAGCUUUCCACCUAGAUGAGAAUAUGCGAAAAAAUAUUAUUGGCCCAGUGGGUAAUAAGUGGAGACAAUUCAAAUGUAAUUUGAACAAGAAGUUUAUAGUCCCUUACCUUAAUGACCCAUCUCUUUUGGAAGCAAACCCUCGUGGUCUUGAUAAACCUCCACCAAGCUAUCAUAUAGAAGAAACACAUUGGAAAGAAUUUGUCAAGAGAAGGACAUCCAAAGAGUUUCAAGAUUUUAGAAAAUUACAACAAGAAAGGCGUAAUCAUUUACAAUACCCUCAUAGGAUUUCACGCCAUAGCUAUAUAGAAUUGGAAGCUGAUUUACAAGCUAAGUGGGGCACAACAGAGCAAAUAGAUCAAUCUAUACUCUGGAAGGAGGCCAUAAAAGAUUCUUCUGGCAACUAUGUCACCGAGUGUGACAAGGUCAAGGGAGAGGCCAUCGAAGACAUGCUUGAGCAAAGAAAAGAGGGCAAAUUGAUUGAAAUCGGAACAAAUGACAUCCUAACACAAGUGUUAGGUACUGCUGAGCACCCCGGUUGA